AUGCAAGAACAUCAAGACAAGAUCGCCACGUUGGCAGACGGGAGAAAAGUGGCGUAUGCAAUCUACGGCACAGACAAUGACAAUGCACCUACAACCUUCUACUUCCAUGGUUUCCCAGGGUCUCAUCACGAAGGCGGCUCGACGCACAGCGCAGCUCUGAAGCACGGGCUACGCGUCAUCGCGCUUUCACGACCAGGAUACAGCGACUCGACAUUCCAAGACAACAGAUCGAUUCUGGAUUAUCCCCAAGACAUCCUCGAGAUAGCAGAUUUUCUCUCGAUACAACGCUUUGCCAUCCUUGGAGUCUCUGGCGGUGGUCCUUACGCAAUUGCUUGUCUGAAAGAAUUACCUCGUGAGAGACUCGUCGGCAUUGGCACGGUAGCUGGAUGCAUGCCCCUGUCAUUCUCCACCCAAGGCAUGCUUGCCAUAACGCGUAUCAUGUUCAACGUUGCGCCGUAUGCUACAGCACCCCUUGGAUGGUUGAUAGAUAAAUUACUAGGAAGCACAGCACGCGACACGGAACAUCCGGAAAAACUGGAAGACAUGAUGGAUAAAGAUGUAACCGCAAGAUCAGCCAGCGACGGAGAAAUCUGGAAGAAUAGCGCUGUUUUGAGACAAUCUCUUUUACGAUCUACCAGAGAAUCAAUGAAACAAGGUGGUUAUCCAGCAGCAUGGGAAGCGAGAUUGUAUGGAAGUGACUGGGGUUUCAAGCUGGAAGAUGUCAAAGUAGAAAAGGGUCGGAUGAUAAUGUGGCAUGGCGAUUUGGAUGUUAAUGUUCCGUUGAGGGUGAGUGAGAAGGCUGUUGAGUUGAUGCCGAAUGCGGAGUUGAGGGUUAUGAAAGGGGAUAGUCAUUUGAGCUUGGUGACCAAGGUGGAAGACUUUGUUGUUUCGAUGAAGGAGAUGCUGGAGAGAUAA